AUGGCCAGCCACGGCCGGAGCAAUACGACAGCUUCGUUGGCGACUAUAGGGAGCAAUCAGGAACUCAAACUCAGCAAGAUUGACGAUGUGGACGAGUCGCACGGGUCCAGGCAACGCAACAGCCUGAAAGACCGGUUCAAGUUGCUGCGGAUGCAGGAGGAGGCCGGGGUGGCCAUAGUCGACGACGAACACGAACCCAAUGGCGUGCAAGGCGGAGCUCUGGCGGGGCUGAUAGGCCGCUCAGCCAGCGUUGGUUUCGGCGUGGGGUCUCCGGCCAGCUUCGCAGAAGAGAAAAGGGAUGGGCACCCGCCACCAGCCGCCAGACGUGCCUCCGGGACAUAUCUUGAAAAGCCGGUGAGGCAACCAUCGAUCAACCACAAUCUAGCGCCAGGUACCGCGUCUGGGAUCUCUGCUGGACCGGCUAGCGAUUCGGCGCCUCCGGUCGAUUGGGAUCUCUGGCAGUCAGUUGUGUACGAGGGACCAGCAGCCAUCGCGAUGACAAGUUCCGAGGAGCUCAACCGUGCAAUCGCCGGCGGCAUCCCGCAAGCCAUCCGGGGCGUUGUUUGGCAGGUGCUUGCGGAAAGCAAGAAUGAGGCGCUUGAAGGCGUCUACCGGGAUCUAGUGUCUCGCGGGACUGAUAAGGAGAGGCCGCAUAUGCCGAUACCAACACCGAGUGAAACUAGUACCGUCAAUGGGAGCAUCAAGGAAAAGGAGUCUAUUGCUUCGUCGGCAUCAUCAAUACAUUCAGAUCACUCCACGCCCGCGACAAGUGCAAACGCGUCUGUAGGCCUGCCCGGCUCGCCUCCGCCGCAGGACGGCGGUGGACCGGAGGGAAUGGCCAAGCUCGGUGAGGAAAAGAAGAGGAGGGCGAAAGAAGAAGCGGCUGCCAUAGCCAAGCUCGAGAAGGCAAUCAAGCGGGAUCUCGGCGCUCGCACGAGUUACUCAAAGUACCUUAUGUCUGCCGGUCUCCAGGACGGGCUGUUCGGCAUAUGUAAAGCAUACGCGUUGUACGAUGACGCUGUAGGGUAUGCACAAGGCAUGAAUUUCAUCGCAAUGCCCUUGCUCUUCAAUAUGCCCGAAGAAGAGGCCUUCACCCUCUUCGUCCAACUAAUGCGCAAAUACAACCUGCGCGACCUCUUCACGCGAGACAUGCCGGGCCUGCACCUCCACCUCCACCAAUUCUCGCGCCUCCUCGAAGAUUUCACGCCCGCGCUCUCCUCCCACCUACACCGACGCGGCGUAUCCCCCCAGCUCUAUGCAACCCAAUGGUUCCUAACCCUCUUCGCGUACCGCUUCCCCCUGCAGCUCGUCCUGCGCGUCUACGACCUCGUGCUCAGCGAAGGGCUUGAAAGCGCAGUGCUAAAAUUCGGCAUCGCGCUCAUGCUUAAGAACGAGGACACGUUGAUGGCGAUGGGCGACAUGGCGGCCCUCACGACGUUUCUUAAAGAGCGGCUAUUCGAUGCGUAUAUCGAUAAGGCGCCCUCGGCCAGCAGCCUGCUGGAUUCGGGCUUCUUUGGGAGCGCGGCUGGGGGCGUGGAUAAGGAGGUUUACCGCGCGGAUGUGUUGGUACGCGAUGCGUGUGCGGUUAAGAUUAGCCAGGAGACGCUGAGGGCAUAUGCGGCGGAGUGGAGGGAGCUGAACCGCGUGGAGAAGGAGAGGGAGGCGGAGCUGGAGGGGCUGAGGGCUUCGGUCGCUGCGCUGACGGCUAAGGUGCGGCAUCUCGAGGAGGAAUCCGAGCGCCAUGCCCGUGAGCACGUGGACCUAGCAUCGGAAAUCGUAAGGACCAAGAUUGCAAAUGAGAGCCUCAGCGACGAGAAUGAGGUCCUGCGGACACGUGUGAGCGAGCUGGAGAAGAUCGUCGAGAGCCAGCCGGAAGAGGUUGAGAGUCGCUUGCGAGAGGAGAUGGAAGGGGUCAUGCAGCGGAACAUCGUUGUGCACAACGAGAACAGGGCGCUGGAGGAGCAGCUGGGAGAUAUGGAGAGGGUGCUUGUGGAGACGAAGAUGGAUUAUGCGCAGCUCAAUGCCGAUCACGAGACGCUUAAGCAGAAGUGGAAUAACAUUUCUGCUAUGCUGAAUAGCCAAUAG